GUUCUGGCUACAGUCAGAUAAUACAGUCAAAGAGAUCAGGAACAUGUAUUCCCAUAGGUUGCUCUCAGCGAUGACGCAGGCAGGGGUGUGGUCCACCGCCAGUGUAAAUCACUUGGUGGUGGGCCACGCCCACGAAGAUGUAGAUGGCAUAUUGUCGCUUUGCAAGAGUGCAAUGGAUACAUGUCCCACCAUUCAUACUCCACAAGAUGUUGCGAACAGAUUGACUUCGAAGCUUCGUCCUGUGUUCCAUGCUCGGGGAAUGGACUUUCAAGUGGAGAUCGUUGGGGCCGUCCGUGAUGGGGUAUCUAUUGCUCCAGACCAUGCUUCGUUCACCAACGCCUUCAAGGUUCGAAAAGUCAAAGAUUCCAAGGAACCAGUGAUUCCAGUACCAGGGAGUUUCAUCUUUGCCAAGCGAUCCAGCCUACCCAGCAACAUUGACCUAUCGGAACGUGCCCCACGAGCAUGGAGAUCUGACCCUCAAACCGAUAUUGGCCGCAAGGAUAUCUUCUGCUUGGUCAAGGCUGAGAUGUCCGACAUGAAGCUAAGUCAAGACCCUUUGUUGGUUUGGCCAGGGGUGUUGCAACGACAAUCCGACCAACUACUUCAAGUGGCCAACAGUACUACCCUCCUUGACAAGCCCAGUUUGGAUGAUGAACGCAGAAAUGAUGUCAAACGACUCAUUGAAGCCAUGAAGCGGGAUUACCCUGACAUGCGUCGAGCUAUCAACUGGUAUCAAUCAGUGCUGGAUAGAGAUGCCAACCAUAGUGAAGCCUACACCACUUUGACCUUUUUGCGGAACGUGCCAGACGAUGGGCCAAGCGUUCAUGACUUUCGGUUGGGCGCUCCACCUCCAAGACCGCCGCCCCACAACUUGCAGGUUAUUGCAACCCAAAAUCUCGGAGAUCAUUUGAUGCGUGAGUUUGCCGAUCAUGACCGGAUGGAAAAGGUGCUGGCAAAACACGAUGAACUGUUCAUGGAGGGGCACUUGGACAGUGAUAUUGGAUCCUUGAUGAAGAGCGGCGAAGAGUUUAGCUGGGAACGGGUGCCGUUCAUUUUGGAAGCCGAGUCAACUGUCAUGCCAGCAAGUCGAGCAUGGUUGCGGGAGAUGUGCAGUGAGCAUGGGAACCAUUUUGAUGACCAUGCUGUGAAGCCUGGCGCAAAGAAGGAGGAAGACGAGGAUGAACCCAUGGAGAAAAACGUGACUGGUGAUGCUAAGGAGGAUGAUGAUUCGGAGGAGAGUGACGAUAUUUGCAACGGGAAAACGUCGGUAUGUGGUUCAUUGUGCUUGGAUCACUCCGGAUCGGACUUGCUUUCACGAGUUUCCAACCGUGUCUACGAGAACUGCCGGAGUGGAGCAAUGAGCCUCCCUGGAUUCCCAAACUUUGAACCGAUUAUCAGUGGUCUCAAAUCCAACCAGCCAGUGGACAGGCAGAAAAGUUUCCGGGUCUCUGUGCAGCAAAUGGAUCGUUUGGUGAUCCUUCAAUCGCUAGCCCAAAAAUGGGUUGACACUGAGAGCACCCGUGAGCGAGCCUUGGAAAUCAUCGCGGAUCACAACAACCAGUUCAAUGCUGAUGGGAGCUACUGGAUGGUCGAAGAGCCACCGCGCAAACGCGUGAAGCUGGAAACCUUUAGCGAGCAGGACAUUUCCAAGCUUGGACAUGUGAAGAAGCUUGCUAUCAACAACAGCUUCGACUUGAUCUUGGCAGGAGAAGCGGGGGACCAAUUGUUUGCAUCUUCCCGCUCACGCAAUCAAUUCUUUGAAGGCCGUGAGUUGUUCAGCUAUGGAUCAGGGGAGUGGAGAGAUGGUGCAGAGGCGCAAGAAUGCCUAUCUGAUCCCGAGGGGCGAUGGAUGAGCUUCAGCAUCAAGAACGAGGACCUUGUCAUUCUUGAGAAGAAAAACCUGCCGGGUCACAUCGCAAAGCUCGACAACCUUGAAACACCAGUUACCAUUCAAUCUCUGGUGUGCGAUCUCCAAGAUGCAGGGGAAGUGACUCUUCUAAUCCAAAUCUCUUUCUCAGGAUCACCCUAA